AUGGAUUUGGAACUAACAAGGGUAGAUUAUACAAUCGUGGGAAUAACCGAUCUCAACUGCUUACAAUUGUUACCAAACGUUUAUCCAAAAGAGCAGCAAAAGGUAGCUGUCGCAGAUAGUGAUGGCAUUCUACAAGUAUUUUCUGUUAAAAAGGAAGACGUUCAAUUACAUUUUAAAACUCUCCCUGGAACUGCCAUAUCUUCACUUAAAAUAGCAGGAGCCCCAGGCACCAUUAAAGAUAAAAUAUUUAUUGCAUCCGGAAAUGAAGUUAGAGGUUUCACAAAAAAAGGCAAAUUGUUCAUCACAUUUGAUUCUGGAAUGACUGAAACUAUUAGCACAAUGUUUGUAUUGGCGAGUGAGUUAUUUUUAUGUGGGAAACAUGUAUAUACACAUUACAGGGACUGCAAGGACUUAGGUUCGUACUUAUGUGGAGACAGAAUUGUUGACGUGGUGGCAUUCUAUUCUCAAAACAGCCGCAGACUGAUGUCGUUGAUAGCUUGCGAGGGCCGUAUGAUCAGAGCCUUAGAGCAUGCCAGGGUAACUUUGAGUAUGGAAGUUGAAAGUUCACCUACAGUGCUUCACAUUUAUGAAGACGAAGAUGUUAAAGCUGUUUUGUUUGGUACUGUGGAUGGCCGUGUUGGAAUUUUGGAUGUAGACAAGGUGCAAGGAUUUGACAGGUGGUUGAUUACAAAUGACAAAAACACCAGCACUAUAUCAUGUAUGGAUAGUUAUGAUUUAAUUGGAAAUGGGACGAAAAAUCUUGUAAUUGGGAGACAAGAUGGAAGUGUAGAAGUCUUUCAAGUGAAUGUGCUCGAUGCUAUGGAUGUAUCCAGGAUUAUUUUUUCUUAUAAUUGCAACGAGAGUAUUAACGGACUCCAGUGCGGAAUAGUUGGAGCACAAGGAUUUGACGAAAUUGUCGUGGCUACGUAUACAGGGCGUAUAUUUGGUCUGACGUCUCAGUCCAUAGAUGCUAAUGUCGAAAAUACUAAAGGUGGAUAUAUUUUUUCAUCGGAUACGUCCUACAAAAUAAAUAAAUUAAAAACAGAAAUAGGCGAAUUAAAAGAAAAAAUUCUGAAGGAACGAGAGAAGUAUCAAACGUCAACCCAGUCAUUUUUCGAUGAACUUUCAGCUAUCCCUCUAUUGUCUAUUAAAGAUUCAUUUGUUCUUGAAAAAGCAACGUCGACUUACAACUUAUCGAUCGAAGUACCUACACCGAUUGAUAAUAUUCUUCUUCAGUGUAAUACAAACGUGGAUUUGCUUGAUGUAGAAAAAAACUCUGCCGUAGUCAGCUAUAGCGAGUCCCGAAUAGAAGACGGUAAUCAUCUCUUAGCUACCUAUCGUUGUCAGAUGAAUACCAACAGGAUUGAACUAAAAAUUCGCACCAUUGAAGGACAGAAGGGCCUUCUCCAGGCGUAUGUUACGCCUAUGGUACAACCGAAAUGUUGCAGAGUCGCCCACUACGAAAUUAAAGCCUUGUCUUUGCAUUGUAGGAUACAUCAGUUUGACAGCAACAGACCAUUCAACGUUUUAACAAUCAAAGGCGGCUUUAGCUUGGCAGAAAUCCAUUCUUGGGUAGGUCAGUGUUUGCCUGAGGUUCCAGAAAAACCUCAAAUAUCCGAAAGGACGAUUCUGUGGUUUAAAUCAUGUUUUCUGGACACAGUUCUGGAGUGCAGCUAUUUAAAAGGGGACGCAGAAUUUAAAUCUGACAAUGUGUCGACAAUAUCGAUUUUGAAAGAAAAUAUUUCAGCUGAAGCUACGAAAAAGAAAAUUAAAGUUGACAUUAACUCAUUUAUUAGUGAGGAAUCUAUAAAUUCUGUUUUAAAACUCCUGGAAAAUAAGUUGCUUCUGUACCAGAAGAUAGCAAAGGAGGUUUCACUAUUGAACGCGUUGAAUGAAUUGGAAGUGAGUGAAGAAGAAACCACUAAAUAUUUGUCUUCGAAAUAUAAAGAUCUCUUGGAACGUGAAAAGGAUAUAAGGACUGCUCACCAGAAUCAACCGGGAUGUUUGGACAGGAUUUAUGGUACUAUUACCGAUCUCUUCAUGGAUUUUAAUAAAUUUAAGGGCAUUAAUUCACGACAUAAGGCCCCUAAACUAGUAGAAAUAUUAGAAAGCUACUCUUAUGACAAUUUGGUCAAAUUUUUUAGACCAGAUUAUGUUUAA